AUGUUCUUUCUGAUAAUGUUUGCAAAAGGCCGAACGAUCUCUUCAUUAUUCUUUUCAUCUUGCGCCCACCGUUUCUCGACACAUUUUUUUUCCUGUUUUUCUCACCUUCAUUUCUGUUUCUCCUUUUCCUCUGGCCUUCGCUCCCCCCCCCCUCUUUCUUCUGGCCUUCGUUUCCUUCCUCCCCAUUCUUCUGGCCUUCGUUUCCUUCCUCCCCAUUCUUCUGGCCUUCGUUCCCUCCCUCCCCAUUCUUCUGGCCUUCGUUCCCUCCUCCCCUUUCUUCUGGCCUUCGUUCCCCCCCUCCCUUUCUUCUGGCCUUCGUUCCCUCCCUCCCCUUUCUUCUGGCCUUCGUUCCUUUUGCCCACCUUUCUUCUGGCCUUCGUUCCCUCCCUCCCCUUUCUUCUGGCCUUCGUUCCUCCCUCCCCUUUCUUCUGGCCUUCGUUCCCUCCCUCCCCUUUCUUCUGGCCUUCGUUCCCCCCCCCUCCCCUUUCUUCUGGCCUUCGUUCCCUUCCCUCCCUUUUCUUCUGGCCUUCGUUCCCUCCCUCCCCUUUCUUCUGGCCUUCGUUUCCUUUGCCCACCUUUCUUCUGGCCUUCGUUCCCUCCCUCCCCAUUCUUGUGGCCUUCGUUCCCUUUGCCCACCUUUCUUCAGGGUUUCAUUCCCUUUCUCCUCGCCAUUCUUCUCUCCUUCAUUCCUUUUCUUCCUCUCUUUCUUAUCGCCUUCAUUCCUUUUCUUCUCGCCUUCAUUCCUUUUCUUCUCGCCUCUCUUUUCGCCUUCAUUCCUUUUCUUCCCGCCUCUCUUUUCGCCUUCAUUCCUUUUCUUCUCGCCUCUCUUUUCGCCUUCAUUCCUUUUCUUCUCGCCUCUCUUCUCGCCUUCAUUCCUUUUCUUCUCGCCUCUCUUCUCGCCUUCAUUCCUUUUCUUCUCGCCUCUCUUCUCGCCUUCAUUCCUUUUCUUCUCGCCUCUCAUCUCGCCUUCAUUCCUUUUCUUCUCGCCUCUCUUUUCGCCUUCAUUCCUUUUCUUCUCGCCUCCCUCCUCGCCUUCAUUCCUUUUCUUCUCGCCUCUCUUUUCGCCUUCAUUCCUUUUCUUCCCCUUUCAUUCUCGCCUUCAUUCCUUUCAUUCUCGCCUUCAUUCCUUUUCUUCUCGCCUCUCUUUUCGCCUUCAUUCCUUUUCUUCUCGCCUCUCUUCUCGCCUUCAUUCCUUUUCUUCCCGCCUCUCUUUUCGCCUUCAUUCCUUUUCUUCCCCUUUCUUCUCGCUUUCAUUCCUUUUCUUCCCGUUUUUCUUCUCGCUUUCAUUCCUUUUCUUCCCGUUUUUCUUCUCGCCUUCAUUCCUUUUCUUCCCGGUUUUCUUCUCGCCUUCAUUCCUUUUCUUCUCGUCUUUCUUCUCGCCUUCAUUCCUUUUCUUCCCGUCUUUCUUCUCUUUUUCCUUUUCUUCCCGUCUUUCUUCUCGCCUUAAUUCCUUUUCUUCCCGUCUUUCUUCUCGCCUUAAUUCCUUUUCUUCCCGUCUUUCUUCUCGCCUUAAUUCCUUUUCUUCCCGUCUUUCUUCUCGCCUUAAUUCCUUUUCUUCCCGUCUUUCUUCUCGCCUUAAUUCCUUUUCUUCCCGUCUUUCUUCUCGCCUUAAUUCCUUUUCUUCUCGCCUUCCUUCCUUUUCUUCCCGUCUUUCUUCUCGCCUUAAUUCCUUUUCUUCUCGCCUUCCUUCUCCUCCUUAAUUCCUUUUCUUCUCGCCUUCCUUCUCGCCUUAAUUCCUUUUCUUCCCGCUUUUCUUCUCGCCUUCAUUCCUUUUCUUCUCGCCUUCAUUCCUUUUCUUCUCGCCUUCCUUCCUUUUCUUCCCGUUUUUCUUCUCGCCUUCCUUCCUUUUCUUCCCGUUUUUCUUCUCGCCUUCCUUCCUUUUCUUCCCGUUUUUCUUCUCGCCUUCAUUCCUUUUCUUCCCGCUUUUCUUCUCGCCUUAAUUCCUUUUCUCCCCGUCUUUCUUCUUCCCUUCAUUCCUUUUCUUCUCGCCUUCCUUCUCGCCUUCAUUCCUUUUCUUCCCGCUUUUCUUCUCGCCUUAAUUCCUUUUCUCCCCGUCUUUCUUCUUCCCUUCAUUCCUUUUCUUCUCGCCUUCCUUCUCGCCUUCCUUCCUUUUCUUCCCGUUUUUCUUCUCGCCUUCAUUCCUUUUCUUCCCGCUUUUCUUCUCGCCUUCAUUCCUUUUCUUCCCGCUUUUCUUCUCGCCUUAAUUCCUUUCCUCCCCGUCUUUCUUCUUCCCUUCAUUCCUUUUCUUCUCGCCUUCCUUCUCGCCUUCAUUCCUUUUCUUCUCGUCUUCAUUUCACUUUAUUCCCUCCGAUUUAUUUUCUUAUCGCCGCUUUACUCCAUCCUCCCUGCAUUUUUUCACUUCUUCCUAUUUUUUUCUCCAUUUUUUCUUUUAUCUUCCGUGUUCGUCUCUUCGAAAUACCUUCACUGAACUUCUCUUUUGUUUUACUUGAUUUUUAUUUCAUAUUAUCUUUUGUUCUUUUUUCAUAUCUCUUUAUCUCUCCAUAUCUUUUUUCAGUCUCUCCGUAUCUAUCUAACCUAUCUCAUUGA